GAGAAGGAAGGAGGGAAGGAGAGAUAUAUUUAAGGGGAGAGAAAUGCAGUUUAAAGUGAAAUAAAAUAAUAAGUGUCAGGCUCUCGGAUGAAGUAAAGAACAAACAUAGAAACAAUAAAAUAGACGAUAAGAGCCAAAUUGAAGAAUCUCAAUAGCAAAAUAUUUGAUGAAAAUUAGAAAUCAGACGCAAGAGUAGUAUUUGAACGUUUCCAACUAAACUAAUGGUCAAAACGUUCAAAUACCAGGGUACCUGAUUUCUACAAUUUUAGCCAUUGAGAUUCAAUAGCAAUUUGGCUCUUAUUGUUUAUCUUAUCUAUCUUAUUGUUUUGUGUUUAUUCGCGAUUUAAACGUUCCCCUUACGUACCUCGUCAUAAUUCAAUCGCCUUUGAAUCGAUCUUCAUUCAUUUUUCGCCAAGUGGUUAACUAAUCAAAAUAAAGAUGAUAUCACACGUUGUUUUCGUUACCGCUGAGCUAAUAACGAUCACGACCAGUCGUAUCUCUUAAUGUCGACCUUGCGGGUUACGAUCCAGGCUCGGGACUCUUCUGCGAAUCCGCGUUUUAUCGGAAGAAGCGAUGCGAUUAACCCAUUUAAAAUAUUUAAUCGACACUUACUCUACGUCGUUUUCGUUACCGCACAGCAUUGCCGCAAUAAUACGAUGACAAAUUGUACCGUGCGGCGUGCGUAUGCAAGAUACUUUCACGAAAUCAACAGAUAAUGCUGAAUAAUUAUCGAGCGACGCGCGCGUUUUUCCGACGAAUAGAUUACCACGUGAUCGAAGUCAAACAUCGGGGAGGCUCACACCAACGACGACACCGAAAUCACCGUGUAUUGAUCGUAAAGACGUAAUUACCGAGAAUAAAAGGCGGCCCGAGAGAGCCGUCCGAGAAAAAGCGUCUUCGCCCGCAGCGGUAGAAUUAAUAGAUCGAAUUAGGAGCUGCGAUUACAAACACUCCGAGACAAAAUUCUAGUUUCCACACUGAUCCUGCGGGUUCCGUUAAAUUCGAAGGAUGUGAAGGAUCAAUAGGCAAUUUCAAAAUGUAACAUUAUACAGGCUAUUGGCCUACUUUAAUCCCACGAAUGGUUACUUACUGCCGUUUUCUUUAUGUCGAAGCUUGAAGAAGCAUUUUAAACAUGAUUUAAUAUUCGAAUAUGCUACCUGCAUUUAAAUCUUAUUCUUAAUUUCAAUAAGCAAUAUAUUAUGUAACUUAUUUAACUUAUUUAACUAGAGAUCAAAUAUGUGCGAUAAGCAAAUAGUAAAUAACUCAUUAAAAUAGCUUAUAUAAUGUUGUAACUCGAGAUUCUCCAUUGGUCCUUUAAAUUCAACGGAAUUUGCAGGAUUAAUGGAAUUAAACUUUAACUCGUAACCUACUAUUAUUAAAGUGCCUUUUUCGGCAGUCUCCCGAAUUUAAAUUCUGGACCUAUGUUAAAUCUUUAAUUCUAUAUCGCAGGAGGCUAAGAUAAUUCUUCCAAUAAUAUUUAUUCCUAUUUUGUUUCUGAUAACGUCUUAAAUUCCCGUAUCCACAGUUUUAACGUCGAAAUAGGUUGUUUAAGGCAGCGUUAAAAUGAAAUCUGUAGGAUUAAAGGUUUAAGAAAGAAGUUAAAAAGUGUCAAGGUCAUUAAAGUAAGUUUUAUCAGCCCACAGACCGCCCAAGUAGGCGCAAACUAUCCUUAAGAGCGUCAAAGUAGCGUCGGAAUUUCAACUCGGGGUAAAGCGUGUCUUACGAACAUGCGCUUUCAGUACACAAGAGGUCCCACGUAACACAAAUAUCGCGAAUAUAUUGCCUGUUACUUUUUAACGACUCUUUCAAGUCGUUAUUAACGCAUCAGUCUGACACAAGAAUUUUAUGACACGUUUGGGUUAAUCAAUGUAUUAAUGACGCAAAAAAUUAAAAAGAGAAGCAAACUGCGAACACACGUUUAAUACUUCGAAAGCCAACUUUUAUACUAAUUAGGCUGAAUGAGGUUUGGCAUCACGCUUUUUUUUUCAAAUAACUCUUUAAACUACGUGAUAUAGGGAUGAAAAUUGUCGCAACGCGUCGUAUCAUCGUGAGCCUGCUACCGUCUCCAAAUUAAUCUCGAACUAUUAUUGCAGCAGGUGUUAUCGAUUAAACGAUUAACGUCUCUUGCCGGCGUUAUCUUAUUGGAAAGCUCUCGUGUCGAACGUCUGAAAUAGCCCUCUUUUAUUAGACAGAGACCGGUAAUUUUUCUAAUUACAGGGUAACCCUGUCAACGUCAAUAAGUCAUCGGGCACGUAAGAGCAUCGUGUGACGAGCGCGAUAUAGCGCGAUAGUGCAAUUGAUCGGCGCUGUGUAAACGCGCGAGAAGCCAAGUAGAAUCGCGAGUUGAUAAAUUCGUGCGGUUGAAUCACGAACGUGCCGCACGAACGAAUCUACCGCUUACACGCGAUCUCAUGUCCGCGGCGGGGCAAACUCACCAUGGUAACGAGUGUGUGGACUGCAAGACCUCAAAAGCUCGAUACUUGCCAGCCCCGAAAGUCUGGAUAUGUUCUCGCUGUUCUCGUGUACAUAACCUUGCCGCGGUAUCAAGAAAGUGGCGCGCGCCUUCCGGAUUUCUCGCGAAAAAUACCCGCGAUGCUCAAAUUUCAACACACCACGCCGGAGGAUCUCAAGAUCGCCGCUUCUAUAGAACACAAACGACGGCUCGAGGAAGCGAGGAAACUGCGCAUCUUCGACCCUCGCGUCAGGAAGAUCGGAAUAGACAAGGCAUUCUUGGAUAGGCAAGUCGAGGAAAAGAAGCGGCUGCGCGAGCAGGAACAGGCGAAAGAAUGCCAAUUGAACGAGGCGCUAGUUCGCAGCAGCCAGCUUGCCGCGCAUCUGGAGAGGCAACAAGAGGAGGAGAGACGUCAAAUACACAAAGAGAUCGAGUCGUUUCGACGGGAACACCAGCGGGCCGAGGACCGGCGAGAUUACGACUUGUAUGACCCCGAAGCGUUGAGGAAAUCGCUCCCGCUGCGAGUGGAUGACGAUGACCCGAACUUGGGACUAGCGUCUGCUCAGAAGUUCGAGGGCGAGGAUCCCAAUCUGCACGAGCGGCAGGAGGCGCAGAAACAGCAGAUGCGUUGGUGGAUCCGGAGGCAGAAGGAGGAACGCGAGGCGGCUGAAAAGGUGCGACGGGAGAUCGAGGAAGCCUAUCAGGAAGUCAUCCUUUCCAGGGACGAGCGCGCGGCGACGCUCGCGCGAAUGGAGGAAGAGUGCCGGCGAAGGCUGAACGAAGCCACGGCGAGAUUUAAUUGCGCUUUGGCCACGGAGCAACAGCACCGCCGUCAAUGCGAAGCCGUUCAAGAGGAGGAGGACAACAAAGCGGAAAUCUAUAAUCACGUGACUGGGGACUUCCUCACGGAGGCCAAGGAACAGGCCGAGAGCACUCGCGGUCCACACAGACCGUUGGUAUCACGGUACAAGGGCAUGACUGAAGACGAGUUGAAGGUCUUCAGGAAUGCUCAGCUGGAGCAGAUAAAGGAGCUUCAGAGAAUCAAGCAGGACGAAAAACGCAUGAACGAAGACUGGGAUCGUAUGAUGACUUCGCAUCUUCAAACUGCUUACUCAUAUGCGCGAGAAUUGGAGCAGAAAAAAUCGGAACUGAAUAAGAAGAUCGCAGAGGAGAACUUGCGGAUGGCCGAGCGACAAAAGUCACAUCAGGAUUAUUUGAACCGCGUUCUUUACAAGAACAUACCGGCCGCCGCUUUCUACGAGCAAUUUAACAAAAGUACACGUUGAAUGGCGACGGUGGCUCUCAUAUGCGCGAUGCAUUCCCGAAGAAUUGGACGGAUAUGUCGAAACAUAAUUGCACAAAUUUAUAAAAUGAGAAGUUAAUAUUAAUAAAUCGACCGUACUGGCAAAAUA